CCGGGAAGGGAGGCGUUCGUGCGCGGCGGAGGUUCCAUGGAUCGCUUCGCCUGGGCUACUGGCCUCUUGGAGAUCCACGAGAACCUCGUCACGCAGCAGCGCGGGGUCCGCUUGUACGAUGGGGAGGAAAAGUUGAAGUUUGAAACUGGAGUAUUGCUCCUUAGUACACACAGAUUGAUCUGGAGAGAUCAGAAAAAUCAUGAAUGCUGUAUGGCUGUUCCUCUUUCCCAAAUUAUCUUCAUUGAAGAGCAAGCAGCGGGGAUAGGAAAAAGUGCCAAAAUAGUAGUACAUCUUCAUCCAGUAGGUUCCAAUAAGGAUCCUGGUCCAUUCCAGACUAGUAAAUACUCAUAUAUCAAGCUUUCUUUCAAAGAACAUGGUCAGAUUGAUUUCUUCAGGAGGCUUACGGAAGAAAUGUCUCAGCGCAGAUGGGAGAACAUGCCAGCUUCUCAAGCCAUAGAUGUUGACAGGGCUUCACAGAGUGGAAGAAUAAGAGCUGCAGGAAUUGUUGGCAUUGAAAGAAAAUUGGAAGAAAGAAGAAAAGAGAUGGAUAAAAACAUUUCUGAGGCUUUUGAAGACCUCAGCAAGCUGAUGGAAAAGGCAAAGGAAAUGGUGGAGCUGUCAAAAUCAAUUGCUAGCAAGAUCAGAGAAAAGCAGGGUGACAUCACUGAAGAUGAGACAAUAAGAUUCAAAUCCUAUUUGUUGAGCAUGGGCAUUGCCAAUCCAGUUACUCGGGAAACUCAUGGAUCCGGCACUCAUUACCAUAUGCAACUGGCAAAACAAUUAGCUGGAAUUUUACAGGCACCUUUAGAGGAACGGGGAGGAAUAAUGUCCCUCACAGAGGUUUAUUGCCUGGUGAAUCGCGCUCGUGGCCUAGAGUUGCUUUCUCCUGAAGAUCUAGUAAACGCUUGUAAGAUGUUGGAAUCACUAAAGUUACCUCUAAGGUUACGCAUAUUCGACAGUGGUGUUAUGGUGAUUGAACUCCUAUCACAUAAUGAAGAAGAAAUGGUGGCUUCUGCUUUAGAGACAGUUUCUGAGAAGGGAUCUCUUACCGCUGAAGAGUUUGCAAAGCUUGUAGGAAUGUCUGUGCUUUUAGCCAAAGAAAGGUUGCUGUUAGCUGAAAAGAUGGGCCAGCUUUGCAGAGAUGAUUCUGUAGAAGGCUUGCGAUUCUAUCCAAAUUUAUUUCUUACACAAAGCUGAUUAUUCAUUUUCUCUCUUUUUCCUCUUAUUUAAAUAUGUUUGCUAGAUGCAGUCUGAAGAAAAAAAUGUCAAGAGAUAUAUCCAUUUAUAUCAUGCCUUUGCUAAGUUGUAAUGAUGCACCAGUAAUGCACCAGGCAGGGAAGAAAGGAUUAGUUACGUAUAGAAAGAGAAUAACAUUCCUAAAAGCUUAUAGAAAUCAUGAAACUGCUGUUAUUUCAGAUCUUGAGAGCAAAUUGGCCAUGAUGGCCCAUUUAAUGACUUUUUUUCAAGAAGAAGGGAAAAAAGUGAAGUGAUUUAAAAAAGCAUGGAGGAGAGGUUAACUAUGGGCUAUUUGCAAGCCUAGACAAAUCAACAAGCAGUCUGUUUGUUAAAUGUAGUCUCCCUCUUCCAUUUUUUGCCAUGGAUUGGCAUUUGCAACUUGAAAUCAAUAAAAUAUUAACAGGAGGAAAA